AUGCCGGGGGUGAGAGCGGCACUCCAAAGCGGGCAGCAGCCUGGGGAACAGCCGGGAGGGGGGGGCGUGCCACAGGGCGCGCGGCAAUCAGGGGGGCAGCCGGGGGUGAUAGCAACACCCCAUGGUGUGCAGCAGGCAGGGGGACAGCCGGGGGUGAUAGCAACACCCCAUGGUGUGCAGCAGGCAGGGGGACAGCCGGGGGUGAUAGCAACACCCCAUGGUGUGCAGCAGGCAGGGGGACAGCCGGGGGUGAUAGCAACACCCCAUGGUGUGCAGCAGGCAGGGGGACAGCCGGGGGUGGUGAUAGCAACACCCCAUGGUGUGCAGCAGGCAGGAGGACAGCCGGGGGUGAUAGCAACACCCCAGGGCGUGCAGCAGGCAGGGGGACAGUUGGGGGUGACAGCGGCACCCCACGACGUUCAUCAGUCGGGGGGGCAGCUGGGGGCAGGCACUGCAUCCCAAGGCAGGCAGCAGACGCUGGGGCGGCCAGGACAGGUCACAUCACCUCUGGCUGCGCAGCAGCCAGGGGGGCAGCCGGGGGUUGCUGCUACACCCUGCGGCGUGCAGAGGGGGCAGCCGGGGGAGGUAGCAACACCCAGGGGCAGGCGACAGACGAGGGGACGGUUAGGGGCGACAACAGCACUCCGGGACGUGCAACAUCCAGGGGGCCAACCGGGGGGGAUGGUAGCACCCAAGGGUGCGCAGCAGCCAGGAGGGAUGCCGGGGAUGACAGCAGGGGACUAUGAUAUGCAGCAUCUGGGAGGGCAGCCAGGGGUGGCCGCGGCAGACCAGGUCGUGCAGUGGCAAGGAGGAGGGUGUGAGCAGGGUACCGAAUCCCCGCGGCAGUUGGUGCCAUUUGACACCCCCAUGGCGUCAGUAGAGGUGGCAGUGGCAUCGGAUGAGGGACACCAUGAGCUGCCUCCUCCGCUUCCCCGCUACCCAUGCGACGUGUGCUUUCACACGUUUGCCACUCGAGGGGCGGCUGCGAGCCACAUGACAGCGUGUAGAGCGGCUGAGGCGGAGAGGCGUGCAUAUGCGCUUGGCUUAAUUCCUUCCUUGGCAAAAGAUGGCACACAGGAGAGACCGACAGCGAGGGAAAUCCAGUAA